GUGACACAGCGCCCUCUUGUGCCCGGCCGCAGGACGAGCCUCCACCGGAUUGGCUGAGCGGUUGUCAGGAGUGUUUACAGGAAACAUGGCUUCCCUGUCUGUUGGAGAGCUUCAAGAAAUGGAAGUGGACCGGAGGGGUGAGUCCGAGGAGUCUGGGGAUGAUGAGACCAGGAGGAGGAGUAUCAAUGGCGACGUGGACCCCAAUCAGCCCACUGCUACAAGUAAAGAAGAGUCUCCUGUUGACAUGGACACCAUAACCUUGGACCCAGAGGAAGAGGACGUUGAUCUUGUUCAUUGUCGUAUUGGGAAGAUUGAGGGAUUGGAGGUGCUACAAAAGGCUAAAACACUCUCCUUACGACAGAACCUCAUCAAAAAGUUAGAAAACCUUGACAGUUUGAGCUCACUGCGGGAAAUAGAUCUCUAUGACAAUCAGAUCCGCAAACUGGAGAACCUGCACAACCUCACAGAGUUGGAGCAGCUCGAUGUGUCCUUCAACAUUUUGAGGAAGGUGGAGGGUUUGGAGCAGUUGACUCGGCUGAAGAAACUUUUUCUGCUUCACAACAAAAUAAGCAGCAUUGCCAACCUGGAUCACCUCACAAACCUGGAGAUGCUGGAGCUGGGCUCCAAUCGCAUCCGGGUUAUAGAGAACCUGGAUUCACUGUCGUCUUUGCAAAGUUUGUUUCUUGGCACCAAUAAAAUAACAAAGCUUCAGAAUCUGGAGGGUUUACACAACCUGACUGUUUUAAGCAUUCAGAGUAACCGGAUCACUAAAAUUGAGGGCCUGCAGAACCUUGUCAACCUGAAAGAGCUCUAUCUGAGCCACAAUGGCAUCGAGGUCAUUGAGGGCCUGGAGAACAAUAAAAAGCUUACAACCCUGGACAUUGCAGCCAAUCGAGUAAAGAAAAUUGAAAACAUCAGCCAUCUGACAGACCUGCAGGAGUUCUGGAUGAACGAUAAUCAGAUAGAUAACUGGUCAGACCUUGACGAGCUGAAGAACGCCAAGUCUCUGGAGACGGUCUAUCUUGAAAGAAACCCGCUACAGAAGGAUCCACAGUACCGGCGAAAGAUCAUGCUGGCGCUACCCAGUGUGCGCCAGAUCGACGCUACCUUCAUCCGCUUCUAAACUGCAGUAUACAACUCACCUGCCAACUUUACAGUGUUCUCCCUCACCCGCCCCUCCCCUACCCUCCCCUCCCCUCCCCUCCCAUGCACACAGAAACAAACUUCAUUUUGAAACACAUUGGCCUCUCUGAGUCAUAUAGUCACUCCAUACACAGAUACACAUUCCAACUUUAAACUCACCCAUGGCUCUCACUCAACAUACAUGUAUGCAUGUAUGCACUCAUUCACUCACACCUUGAUCUAUGCUAUUGUGUGGAAGCUUAUUUAUUUAUUAAGCUGGAUAUGAACUGUGAAAGUACCUGACGCCCAUUUCCUCAUUUUACCUCUGCACUUACUUUUCUUUUAUUGUUUUGCAUGUAGGACACGGUAUGGAGACGUCCUUGUUCCUCAGUCAUACAGUGCUCACCAUCAGAAUAAGAAAUCAGUCUCAUUUAUCACAUUUUUGAAGUUGCACUGCUAACACGAGAAAGGAAUGGGUGGCAUUCUUAAUAUUUGAGGGAUUUUAUUAGUUUAUUCCAUUUGGUUGGACAGGAUGAGACUGUUCUUAUAAGGUCCACAGUGAGUAAAAGAACAAAUUAAACAUCAACAUUAAAGGGAAAGUCCACGCCAAAAUAUAAUUUGCCUAUUUUUAAUCUUCAAAAUACUACUUAUUGUCUCAUUUGGUUUGACGUGCCUCAAAAUUGUCCUGACCCAGUCACCAAAACAUCUAAAAUGAAGCCUAAGAUGCCAAACUGACGCCUCUUUAAAGCAGUUUAGCAAAAUUGCACUUAACAUACAUCAGGCUUUUUAAGGCAAACAUCAGCAGAAACUAAUGAGUCAUUUUAAUAAACUGGUAUCCUGGGCUCAUUUUGAUGUCUAUUUCUUGUCCAGAUAUUUUACAGUUCAUAGGCUAAUUUUCUGAUUAACAAGACUGACCUGUGCAGUAAAAUAAAGCUCAUGAGAAUGUAAAUUCAUUUAACGUGUUCAUAAAGAUGGUUUUGUAAUCAGUCAUACAUCACCAUUUCUUUCUUUUCUUUUUUUUUUUUGACCUGAUUACAGCUUUGGUUCUCCUGACUUUAGGAAACAUGGUCAUGAAUAUUAUUUGAACUGAUUACAGUAAAAUGUAGAUUGUGAAGUGAAAUUACUAAAGGGUGAUUUAAAGGGCGAAGUGAUGUUAACUAAUGUAAGAUAAAUGACUUCAUGCUGUUGGCACAGACAAUUUUUUAAACACAUUUUGAGGUUUACUAAAGACACCACAGUGACACAUUCUGUAUUAUUCUCAUUUGGCCUUCGGUAUUGCUUAAAAAGAAAUAUUGAUGUAUAUUUAUUGGCCACGUUUGCCACCUUGAACCAAAAGCAAAUGACUUAUUCUUGUGGUCUCUUGUAUAUAAUGCUCGAGUGCACUUGAUUUAUUCCCUUUUAAAAUUAAAAAGUGAUGCAUCUUUUAUAUGAAAUGAAUUUCCCACCUCAGGGCUAAAAGGUCACAUGUCAAUAUGGUACAGAAGCAUCAGAUUUCAGGGCAUCGCCGGGUUUAGAUGGAGAGUGCUAAGUGCUUUCUUUCUGUGUAAGAUACUGAGCAUUAUCUAAUUUUAUUCCAUCUGGGUUUAUAGUGGGCCCUCAAAUUGUUAAAGUGGGCCGAGUUAAUACUGAAUAUCUCUCUGUAGAUUAAAAAAAAAAAACAUCCUGGUUUGUAUCAUGUCUUUAACUGACAAUUUUCUUUUCAAAGGAGCAGAAAUUGUGAUUACAAACCUUUUAAAUCCAAUUGUUCAUGGUUAGUGACCUUGACCAUAACUCAGCUGUAGAACAUUUAUGAGCCCAUAUCAGACUAUCAGCAACUGAAGGACAUUAUGCAUUAUUGAUCGUUAUUGUUAUGAAUGUAAUGGUAUUUUAUAUUCAGCUUUAACUUCAAUUACGUUAUAAUUGGCCAGUGGGGUUGGAAGUGUCACUUUGUGUAUUUGUAAAUAUAGUUUGGACAUCUCAUGUAGAAAGUCAGUGCCAUCAUCACCUUCCCUUUGUAAAGUGAUAUACUUUUUUUUCUUGUUUAUGCCAGGCAGCACAACAGAUCUGUGUGAGAUACCGUAAUCAAGAUAACUUGACCUGUAGUGGUCACUGACUGAGCAAUUAUUUCAAUUGCUAUUAGCUCAUUGUUGUUAGAACUGAGUCUUCAGGUUUUGGACUUGGUUGAUGCUGUUUUCAAACUGAAUGUAUUAUGCAAAUAACAAUAAAUGACACUACUUAAAUAGUAA